UCUUAGGGCGGAUGAAGAAGCAGUGGGAUUUAAAAUGGCGCCUGGAGAAAUAAACAGAGGCUGGUAUCGAGCUGAAUUCACCGUAAACGGCGGGAAACACGACCGUGGGGAGUGUGACAGGAAGUCAUCAUGCUGUGAGGUCGUGACCUCGCCUGCUCUGUGACCAGUAGAUGGCUGCCGAACUCUUCCCCACCAGCCUCCCUCAAGGUAACGAGGUGGAGGUGAAGAAGACUUUGAUACAGACGAGCCAAUCAGAGCCGCCGGGUGGUUACCAUGCCGACUCGGAAGGAGACGAAAUUCAAGCGAACGUCCUCACAGAGGGAGAGGAGAAAGAGGGCAGACAGGAAACACAGCCCACGCUCAGGGAGAGAAACGCUCUGAUGUUCAACAACGAGCACAUGGCUGAUGUUCAUUUCAUCGUCGGACCUCCAGGAGAAACCCAGAGAGUCCCUGCUCAUAAGUACGUCCUGGCGGUGGGCAGCUCUGUCUUUGGAGCCAUGUUUUAUGGGGAUUUGGCUGAGGGUCAAUCUGAGAUACAGAUCCCUGACGUGGAGCCGGCUGCUUUCCUCAUCCUGUUAAAGUACAUGUACAGUGAUGAGAUCCAGAUGGAGGCGGACACGGUGCUCGCCACGCUCUAUGCCGCUAAGAAGUACAUCGUUCCUGCUCUGGCGAAGGCCUGCGUGUCAUUCCUAGAGACGAGUCUGGAGGCGAGGAACGCCUGCGUGCUGCUGUCUCAGAGCCGGCUGUUCGAGGAGCCGGACUUGACGCAGCGCUGCUGGGAGGUGAUCGACGCCCAGGCCAACCUCGCUCUGCGGUCCGAGGGUUUCUGUGAGAUCGACUGGCCCACGCUGGAGAUCAUCCUGCAGAGAGACUCGCUCAACAUCCGAGAAGUCGCCAUCUUUCAGGCCAUGCUCAGCUGGGCGUCCGCUGAGUGUCGGCGUCAGGGUCUGGCGGUGACCCCCAGGAACCAGCGGGUGGUUCUGGGUAAGGCUCUGUACCUGGUCCGGAUCCCCUCCAUGACGCUGCAGGAGUUUGCAGACGGGGCGGCGCAAUCGGACGUCCUGACGCUGGAGGAGACUCGUGAUGUCUUCCUGUGGUUCACCGCCUCCAACAAACCAACACUGGAGUUCCCUCUGGGGAAGCGGACCGGCCUGUUGCCGCAGAGGUGUCACCGCUUCCAGUCCUCUGCCUACCGGAGCAACCAGUGGCGUUACAGGGGUCGCUGCGACAGCAUCCAGUUCGCAGUGGACCGACGGAUAUUUCUGGCCGGACUGGGGCUGUACGGGUCCAGUGGCGGGAAGGCUGAGUACAGCGUGACCAUCGAGCUGAAGAGGCAGGGAACGGUCCUCGCCCAGAAUCUCACAAAGUUCCUGUCAGACGGGUCCAGCAGCACCUUCUCCGUGUGGUUCGAACAUCCGGUCCAGGUGGAGCAGGACACCUUUUACACGGUCAGCGCCGUCCUGGACGGGAACGAGCUGAGUUACUUUGGUCAGGAGGGGAUGACCGAGGUGCAGUGUGGGAAAGUGACCUUCCAGUUCCAGUGUUCCUCGGACAGUACCAACGGGACCGGGGUGCAGGGGGGGCAGAUCCCUGAGGUGGUCUUUUACUGCUGAACCAGAACCAGGACUCUGACCAAUCAAAGAACAAACAACCAACGAGCUCUGAUGGGACUGCUGCCCUGAACUCGAAGCUGAUUGGCUGUUGUAGAAGAGCUGGAAGCUGAUUUGUUUCUGUGUUUGAACAUUAAAGUUGAAGUGACGGACAGUGAAAA